AGUACAGAAACAUCAGGUGUUUGAACCAUGCACCUUCUGGUUCCAUUACUACUUCUGGCUGUUGGAGCCAGUGAGGGCAUGUACUUGCAGAAGCUGGUAUGUCCUCACAAAGCAAGACAGAAGACCCUACCGAGAAUUUGGUGCAGACAGACUUCCAGUCGGUGUUGCACUGGAUUCAUCUUCAGUCCGCAUACACUGUCAGUGGAUGGAGUCAACCUGAGGGUAUCCCAGACCUCUAACUCCUUCACCGUUGCCGUGAAGCAGCCCAGGCAAGGUGAAGGAGUGUACUGGUGUGGACUGCUGAGCAGAAACAACACCAUCAUCAAGCUGGCUGAAGGUUAUUUCUACCACUCCUCUGGAGCUUACAUCUGGAGUUUUGCUCGCUGGGUUGUGGUGCCUGUGCUCCCCAUGGUGAUGAUUUUCACCACCAUCUUCUCCAGAAGAACAUUAAAAUGUAUUCAUCAGAAGAAAGAGGAGCUUUCUGAAGACACAGCUGUGGCCAGCGCUCAGGCUGAUCUGCUGUAUGAAAACACAGUGCUAGAAGUCUGAGAGAAACCAGCACGCUGCUUUCAUUUCAGUAACUUCAGAUUUCUCUUGUAGCAAAAAAACAUGAGGUAAAAAAAAUUUGCAGAUACUCAUUAUGAAGAAAUAAGUUUGCAUUUAUUGGACAAACCAAACAUUUGUAAACUCAGAUAUCAUGUAAAGAUGGAACAUGUCAUGGGAGGUGGGGUGAAGACAUAAAAACAAAACAAAAAAAAACAAAAAACAAAAUGAAGGGUUUCAUUCCAAAAUGUCAUACAUCUACCAUUCAAGGAGGAAAAGAUCCUCGAAAACAUUACCACUGUUAUUGUCCCACGGGGCGUACACAUCAUUUUGGAACAAAACUCUUCAAAUAUAGAUUUCUUUAUAUAUUUUAUACAUUCUUGCUGUACAUUUAAGUCUCAUGCUUCACGUGAAACUGUGCUUUCAGCAUUUAUCCUCAAUCACAAGACAAAAGA